GGCCCCUCCCGGGGCGGGGCUUCGGGGACACGUGAGCGCCCGGGGGCGGAGCCCGGUUCAGGCUGUGCCGCCUGGCGAGGCCCGCUGGUCGCCUUGGUUGGCCGGCGGUCACCUUUUCCCCUUUCCCCUUGGUCAGGCGCUCGGCGGGUGGGAGCAGCUAGCGCUGCCUGGGCCGCAGCCCCUGGGCCGGGGUGCGAAUGGAGGGCGCGGACGCGGAAACGCAGCGGGAGCGGGAGCGGGAGCAGCAGCAGCAGUUCUCCUACCAGGUCUUCCCCGAGCGCUUCUCGGAGGGCAAGCCCAAGCGGAGCUUCCUGCACACCAGCUUUUGCACCCACAAUCAGAAAUGCCGGCUAAUGCUCCUCAAGGCGACGGAACUAAGUCCAUUUGUCAAACUUCUGCUGGAUGCUAUGAAGCGUUCUGGUUGCACUGUUUACAGAGAGAGACAUUUUUCUUGUGAAGAUUGUAAUGGAAAUGUCAGCGGAGGUUUUGAUGCAGCCACAUCCCAGAUAGUUUUGUGUCAGAAUAAUAUCCAUAAUCAAGCUCACAUGAACCGAGUGGUCACUCAUGAACUAAUCCAUGCAUUUGAUCAUUGUCGUGCUCACGUCGACUGGUUUGCUAAUGUCAAACAUUUAGCCUGUUCAGAGGUUCGAGCUGCUAACCUCAGUGGAGACUGCUCACUUCCCAAUGAAAUGGUACGAUUUAAUUUUGGAUUAAAACAACACCAUCAGACUUGUGUCCGAGACAGAGCUCUUCGCUCCAUUCUGGCUGUUAGAAAAGUUAGCAAAGAAGACGCUCAAAAAGCUGUCGAUGAAGUUUUUGAAUCCUGCUUUAAUGACCAUGAGCCUUUUGGAAGGAUACCACACAACAAGAGUGAUGCAAAGCGUGCCCAUCGAGACUUUCAGAACCGAGAUCGCUAUUAUUCAAAUGUAUGAAGACCAUGGGGGUCAUCUUGUCUUCAAUAUUAGAGUGUUCAUGGAGAAAAUAUGGUUCAUAGAUUGACAUGUUAAAACCAAAAUUAACAUGGAAAUAUGGAUCCACAUACAACAGAGGUAAAUUCCAUUCGUUGGGUAGAGAAAUGGAUAGCAAGGCAGAAGUGAAUCUGUCUUGGAUCUUUGGAUGUUUUUAAGCUCAAGUCAGAGACUUUUCUUUUUGCCUUUUCAGAGGUUAAUAUUUGUGAUACCUCCUUCUUAUGGCAAAUAAAUGAGAUUUGAGUAUUUUCUACAAC